UUGUUAGUGGUUUCAUUUAGGCUAUCAAUAAAUCAUAUAUGAAUGUAUAUCGGAAAUAUAUUCAGGGUUGCGUUUCGUUUCAUGCAUAGAUCACUUUGAAAUCUAUAAUAUAUGUUACGUGAACUAUAGAUAGGCGAUCUAUGCGCUCAAUGUGUGAAACUGAACGCAUCCCAGAACUUGUCGUCUGCAAAUCUGCAUCUAUCUACAUCCUGCAUCAACAGCUGAUCCAAGUUGAUCGAAGCUAUUCAUGCUUUACACACGUCAUAAGCAGUCAUAUGUAUCUAAAUAUAUGUAUACAAAAAGUGAAGUACAACAAAUAAUUUAAGUCAAUGGAUCCUGAUAAUUAUUCGGUGGAUUUAAUAUGUCAGGACAUUGUUAAAUAUCAAUUUCAAGUCAAUGCUUUAAUACAAGAUAUACAACAAUGCAGCGGGCCAUUAGAGAUGCUCGAUGAGCUCAAUGCAGAGGGCAGAGCCAAUAUAGCAGUUUUAAAAUCCUCUAUUGAGCGAUUAGCAUCUAUUGCUGAAACCAAAUCAAAUGAAAAGGAAAAAACUGAAUUGUUACUUGCAGUAGACAACUAUAAAGAACAGCUAAACACUUCUCUGGCAGCCUUUCGUAAGGCUAAUGUUGUUAGUGCAUGUGUCAUUGACAAAUUGGCAAGAGAAAAUUUAUUCUCCAUGCCAGAAGAACAACAGAAUGCUCUUCGUAAACGACAUACCAAACAGAGCUUGACAAAUGCAUCUAGUCAAAUAACAGAUAAGUUAUUGAGCAUUUCAAGACAUCUAGCUGAAACAACUCAGAGAAGCGCUGACACCCUAGACACACUAUUAACAUCUUCAGACAAGGUUGGUAGCACCAAAGAUGAGUUAGAACAUCAACAACAGGCAAUAGUACAAUCGGGUAAGCUCUUAGGAAAAUAUGGAAGACGGGAAGUCACCGAUAAAGUUUUGCUUGCAUUGGCAUUUGCCUUUUUCCUUGCCUGUGUAUUUUACAUUUUACAAAAAAGAUUAUUCUGAAUAUAGUAUAUAUUUAUUUAGGAUAAUAUCAUAUAACUAUUUCUAUAAUAUACAAAUUCUUAUAUGAAAUAUGUGAUAAAAAAAAAUCGCGAACGAGUUUAAACAUGCAAUGUCUAAAUAUAUGUAUAUAUAUAUAUAUAUAUAUAUAUAUAUAUAUAUAUAUAUAUAUAAAUGUAUAUUGAACAUUAUCAAAAUUUUAUACCAGUCUAUUUGUGAGCAUUUAAGUUUCAAGAAUGAAACAGAAUCAAUGUAAUGUUAUAUAUACAAUAUUAUAUACAAUAUUAUUAAUAUACUACGCAAGAGAGAGAGAGAGAGAGAGAGAGAGAGAGAGAGAGAGAGAGAGAGAGUCAAAAAGAGAUAGUUAUAUAGUAUGUAAAAGCAUUUAGUACGAAUGGAGGAAAGCGAAUUUUAUUUCAGUACAUGAUAGCAGAGAAGAUAUAUGAUUUACGUAUACACACCAAACCACAAAAAAUUACCUAGAUUCUAUUAGAAAUUUUUCAGAUUGACUUUGUAGAGAAAAUUAAAAAUGAAGUCUUUGCAAAAUUUGUGCAUUUGUACUUAGACAAGAGAACAAACUUUAUCUAUUGAACAAUGGAAAUAAAAAUAUUCAAUAGAAAAUGGAGUAUAUAAAAUAAUAAAAUUAAUGUAAAUAUGUAUCAUAUAUUU